UUGUACUUAUGAAAUAACAUCAUUCUAACGCAUUGUUACGAACACAUUGUAAUAAGAUUAAUUAAUUAUACUUCUUUUUUAAGCCAUCAUGCAAAAAAAAUUACUGUAUGUGUCGAUAUAUAUUAAAUUUUUAUUAAUAUUUUCAACGUUCACGCAUGCGAAAGAGCAAACUUCAAAAUUUAAAGGGCUACCAACUAAAUACGAUCUGAUAAAAAGAGCAACGUUCGACUUAAAACCAAAUGAAGAAUUAUAUACGCACUUUAAAAAAUCGCUUGUAAACCAUGUACAAAAGCAUAAAGAAGUUAUAAAAAUAUUAGAAGAUAUUGAUACAUAUGAACGUAGAUAUAAAAUGAUUCAGCAAUUUACUAUAGAUACAAUUGACAUUAUUGAACGUAAAACAACAAUGCUAGAGAAUACCAUAUCAAAUUUUACCAUGGAAAUUAACUCAAAUGAUGAUAUAAUAGAAGCCUUGUUUUUUAUAUUGGAACAAACAGCUUUUUUUGGAAAUGUUGUUCUUAAUUCUCCGGAAAUUACUCGUAAAAUAUUAAAAAGUCAAAAUAUAUGGAAAGAAAUAAUAAUUUGGUCUUUUAAUUUUGCUAAUAAAAUGCAAUAUUUG